UAUAGCUGCCUUCAUAUGAGAUGUAACAGCUGGCAGUUUACAGUUUGUUGCGGAGAGAGGUUAAUAGACGUCAUCAUAUCGAGACAGAUCAUAAAAUAGCCACGAUCAAAACUGAAAUUUUAAAUUGAAAGUUGCGUCCGUAAGACGAAAUUGAUGUUACCGCUGCGUUUAUCGUAUUUGCGGUAAUAAAUAGUGUUUAUGUAAUAGUUUCGAAAUCGCGUGGCUUGUCAUUUGACAGACAAGUCUAUAUGCCUCUCAGGAUAUAUAGUAUUCAUUCAAAAUUAUUGGAUACUAUUUCACUAAAUAGAGAUGGUAUAAGUUAUAAAAUAUAUAUUAUUUAUUAUUAUAAAAAGACAGAGAAGAAAGAUUUCUGAUACUGAUUUCUAAUCUAAGACAUAACUCUUACUAUUUUUAAUGAAAGAAGUUUAUAAAAAUAUGAUAGAUGUCUUGCGCUGCCAAACACAAUGUUUAAAUUGGAAUCCUAUAUAACACCAGUAAUACUUAGUUAUGUAGAGAAAUAUGUAAAAAAUUUUAAACCAGAACAAUCACAGGUAUCCUUGUGGGGUGGAGAUGCAUCGUUUCAAAAUCUGGAUCUACGAUUAGAGGUAUUGGAGGAGCAACUUAAUCUUCCAUUCGUAUUUGUUAGUGGCCACAUACAUGAAUUGUUGAUACAUGUUCCUUGGGUAAAAAUUACCUCUGAACCAAUAGUUGUUACCAUUAAUACUAUAGAGUGCAUCUUAAAAUUGAAAGAUGAGAAUACCACAGAAACUAACCCAUCGACAUUACAAAAGAAAAAGGAGGUGGUACAAGAGGAAGCUCCACCUGGAUACAUAAAAAGUAUAGUCACAAAAGUUAUUAAUAAUAUUACUAUUCACUGCAACAAUCUCAUCUUGAAAUAUGUAGAAGAGGAUAUUGUGCUUAGCGUAAAUGUCAAAUUAUUAAGUAUGCAAACUGUUAAUAAUAAAUGGGAGCCAGCAUUCGCUGAUAUCAACACUCAGGAAGUGAUGCUUAGAAAAGUUAUUACUAUCCAGGAUUUGACGUUGUGCUUAGAUAAAAUGGAUGCAUCAGGAAAGAUAGAGAUAUAUCAGGAUCCUGUUUUAUAUCGAUGCUCAAUGACAAUCCGCAUGAUUAUAAACUAUCAUAGCAACACUUUGAAGAGAGCAUCCAUCACGAGACUUGAUCUUCAUUGCGAAAAAAUGGAGUUUAGUAUGACUGAACAACAAAUACCGAUGCUCCUCAGACUGGCAGCCUUGGUAAUGGCGUUACAAACAAAGCAAUUUCCACUAAGCAAAGAGAAAUCUUCCAUUACUGUGGAUGAGAGAGAGGAUGUUAUACAAGAUGAUACAAGUCAGGUAGUGGGAACUUCGACAGAUGCAGUUGGAUGGGGUGGAUGGGCUUGGGAUAUAAUGUCAUCUGUUCUGCCUGUUGACUGGGACAAUAAUUGGUCCGCCGAACAACAAAUGGCAUAUUCUGGUCAUACCAUACACUUGGGUAUUUAUAUAGAUGAUGCUACUUUAACGUUUAAGACUGUCGAAAGCGUCAAAGAACAGUUAUUUUACAAAUCUCGAAAAAUUAGAUACAAAUCGUUUUUAUCACUUCAAUUAAAUGGAGUUGUGAUGGAUACCUUAAUUCAAGGAAUCACAAUGACAACGUUUCAAGUAGGAGUGGCGUGCAUACAGCUCUAUCCACGAGGAACGUGCAGUUGCGGGCAUGUAGAAGUCGUUGAUGGUGAACAGCCGCCUCUUUACAUAAUAGCUGGGAACUUGAAUACUGAUUAUCUGAAAGAUUCGUUGUUUGACGAAGAAGCUGUAGAAAACAAAGGAAAGAAAAGAGAAUACAAGCAAGGAAUAGAUUAUCACUUGACAAUAGCUUCGGUUGAACAAUUAUUAGAAAGGUGUCCAGCGUUUGUGAUGGAUUAUGUUUAUUACAUGGAUUUGCCCGACGACAUAACACCUGAAAGACUACUCGAGUUUGGAUCAAACUUUGAAUACAGCAAUUUUCAGGAACACAGGAUAAUGAGGUACCUAUCUGGAAAUUUGACAAUCAGAUUAUGCUCUGGUAUUUUUCAUCGUAUUGAUACUAUCAAACAAGCUGCAGCGAAAUAUGAUUAUAAUCCCUACAUUGUAACAAAACCAGAUCCUCUCAUCGAUGAAUUACCUCCAGUUACAUUAGAAGAGUACGAAGCACUCAGAGAGAAUGUAUCAAUGACGGAAACAAAAUUAAUAUUAAAAACAGCGUCGCUGCAACUACAAUUGGCAGAUCAUUGCGUCAUGGGAGUGCCGCGGCAACGUAAAAUUGUCGAAGCUCGGACCAUUCCAUUAUCUCCAGCUCUUACGGAUGAUCCUUUUGUAACCAUUGAAUGCGAUGAAGCAAUUGCCACCAUAGUUCAGCCUAUGUAUCCGUUUAGACUCGUGGCUUGUGCGUCCAAAUUAACAGAUUUACAACCGGAAAUGUUUAUCCAAUGCCACGCGAUUACUGACAUACAAAUAACUGGAGCGAAAAGUCAACUCCACUUGACAAAAACUUGCGAUACUUCAAUAAUGAUGCCUUAUUCGGUGCAAGCUUCUUCAAAGAUAUUAUUAUAUCCUCAAUAUUGGCGAGACAUAGACAUGGUUCAAAAAUCGUACUCUUUUCAAACGGAUAGUGUCACUAUCACGGGGACUAAGGCAAAAUUAAUGGCUGCUGUAUCUAUAGCAACUUCUAUUUUUAAUUCUGCAGAUACAACAAAUCCACUUAUCUGUUCUACUCUUUUUAAUGAUGCCUUUCAAGAGAAAUCACCAGUGUACUUAGAAUUAUACCUAGAAAAUAUAAUGUGCAAAAAUGUAUCAUCUUCGGUUAUGAUAUCAAACGAGAUGAAUGUAAACUCUAUAAAAAUAUUUGCUCUCAAUGAUUUACAACAAACUUUUAUUCUUUCGGGUCCAGAAAAUUAUGACGGCAAUGACACAGGAAAUAUACCGCUUUUAUCUAGUAUAAUACAGUUUCCUAAAAAUGUCGAACUACAUACACAUCCAUCACUUGUUUCGUUUAAAAUUGCCGAAAUCAGGGCUUCGUUGGAUCCACUUUUUUUUGAAUGGCUAAAAUAUUGUGCUACUUAUCAUAAAUCGGGAAGUACACACGUAUUACGUUCAGAUAGCCAACAGUUGAUCACCGAAGGUACAUCGUCCGAUACAGGUACUCGAAAGAAAACAUUUCCGAGUCUGUAUGAAAGUGUGCAUAGUUCAUCGGACAAAGAGAAAAAGAGAUCAGCUGUGACAGAAAAGUCGAAAACACUACGAUACGAUGAAACGCAAAAGAAAACUGAAUCUAAAACAGAAGAGGAACAGAAUUUGCAGAAAUCGGGAAUAUUGGUCAAAUUAGCAGAGUCAUAUUCGCAGUGGAGCAGUCUGGUGUUAAAUGGUUAUAUAGGACAUAUUGUUAUUUACAUUCCAUCUAAUACAAUGAGUGGCAUUGGCGCUGAUGGCAUAGAAGAAGCCAAAGACAGAGCCUUAACAGAGAAUCAAGAUUUACAAAUAAUGUUAAUAAAACUGCCAAGUCUUCUUAUACACUCAUCUAAUUUGAAUGCUGAAUCUUUGAACCCGUAUUUGCAAAAAAUUCCUGUUAUAUUACCAGAAUCUAUGUGGACAUGCCGAUUACAGAGCUUUCCUUGGACGUUAAGUCUUGUAGACUUUCAUUGUUACACAUUGCAACAGAGGACACAAAAAAAUUUUAUAAAGAAAGUUACAUUAAAUGCUACAGUGGCUCUUACAACUAAGACAGCUGCAAUUCAGUCAAAUACACUUACUGCUUUAAGCAUUUGUGUACAUAUUGAUAAUUCUCCUAUUCUUAUUUCACUUUCGGAGGAACAGAUUGUUUUCAUGAGCAAUAUAAUCUUAAAUAUUGUAAAAAUAUUACAAACUCUGUAUAGCUCUCGGGAAAGUAACACAAUUGUACGACAGAUGAGCAAUGAAAUGCAAAUUGUUCUCCCUGCCAUACCUCAAACUCCAUCCACCCCGACACAAAUAAUGUAUCAAGAAGAUACAACUAAUUCAACCAUAUCUACAUCAAAAGACGAUCUAGGAUAUGAGAAAGACGGUUUAGUUGUAACAGCAUGGAUCCAAUGGACCAUAACAAAGGUAGCAAUUAAAUUAUACAUUAUGGAACAAGUAGACGGAUCUUCUUUAAAAUUGAUAUUGGAACUGGAGGAUAUUAUAACAUCCUUAGACCUGCAAUCAGUCUAUAUGCAAUUAAAAAGUAAAAUAACAACAGCUACGAUAUUACAUUAUGUUAGAGGUUCACAAGCAUUAAAUUGGGAUGCUGGCGAAUACGCCGGACUAAUACUCUGCGGAAGAGAAGAUAAUUUAGAGAAAGGCGAUGAUUCGGGUUUUCUAAGUUUUACGCUUACUCGUGCAAAAUCAGGAAAUGUGUACACACGUUGGGGUACUCACAAGCGUUACAAAUCACAAAAGGUAGGACAAAAGAAAGAAAUGCUGAUUGAUUCGGCGUUGUCCAUGAACGGCUACAUUUCUGAAAUAUUCAUCAAAAUGCAAAUGGUCGAUAUAAUCUUACCACUUAGUGUAAUUGGUAAAUAUAGCCAAUUGCUAAAACCUUUUGCAUGUCUUGGUUUAUAUAUCGAGAAAAGUACGGAAGUCACUCGUGGCAAAAGCACAUCAACGCCAUUAAUUGAUAUAAUCACUCUGAAUAAUGAAUCAUUACCAUUGAUACAUUUGGAGUUCAAAGGUUUUCGACUCAUGAUGCCGGCCUUAAGUCAAGCAAAUAAAUUGCAACAUGAUUUAUUGAUGCUCCAGUUGGACGGAAUUCGUAUCACGCCGGAUGCGGAAAAUCCAAUUUGCAGAACUCCAUUGCGAACUGAUAUAUAUCAGCUGGCUGCUCAAGCAAAUAUAUUAAAUGUACCAGGUUCGGCCGUGGAAGAUCGUCAGUAUCAAAUUAACGUUAAAGGAUUGUGCGCAUAUACCACUACAUGGAGGAAUUAUCAGCUAAGCAUUAAUAAGAGGAUGUCUCAAUCAUAUCUGUAUACAAUGAAUGAGAAUCCUGCAUUGGAAUGGAAUAAGCUCGGGAAUGGUAGUAGUCUCGAUCCGUAUUUCUCUACAUCUCCUGUAUUAACAAAAUUUGAUCUCUGUUUGAUCAUUGCACCAGCUGUCACAUUUAAGGGUGACACGAUAGUUUGUGGAAGUGCCAUUGAAGUGAAUUGCAUUACAGACAUAGAAUUGACAAUAAAUUUGGAUCAAAUUAAAUUAAUAUUGACGCUCAAUAAUGAAUUUAUAACGCUAUUGUCUGGAAGUUUUGAGAAAGUGGAAGAUCAAAAUAGUUUUAAUAACACAGUUCAAAGAUUUCCUUCGGGCUCUCAAAGCGUAAAACCUGUCAAUUGGUUGAAACAGACGUUAGAUGAUCCAGAUAUCGAUUUUACAAAAGACAGUGGUGUUGAUUUUGAGAUGUCUAGUGUACAUUCGACAGUAAUUGGGAGACCUGCGGUUGCUGAAACAAUGAUACUUCCACCAUUUGAAUUUUUAGUGAAUUGUGGAAAGAUAACUCUUAUCUUGUAUGAAGUUCAGAACGCAUUUCUUAAUUUAGAGGAUGAUAUAGAUAUACACAAAACUGAUUGUGAAGACGAUAACGAUAAUGUAAAACAGUCAUUACUUUAUCUAAUGAUUAAUCAACCGAAUAUUUACUUUUCUCAGCAACAUUUAUCUAAAAAAAUUCAAAUAUCCUGUUUUGAUAUAACAACGGCACUUGGCGAUGCCCAAAAUCUGAACACGAUACCGACUGAAAAGGAUUUCAAAAUUUUUAUGAUAGAAACGAAGCAUGGAGAUUCACAUCGAGACACGGGUAUCCCACCUUCUUUUGCUACAAUAAAAUCUGAGAUGAUUCUAGGCAAAAAUCGACAAUUUUUUAUCGAAAUGGGACGACCGACGAAAAUACAUCUUUCUUUAUCUCGGCUCAACCAGCUUUAUAAUAUACGGAAUAAGGUACUAUUGUGUUUUAUGGAUGGUGAUGCUACACAAGUACCAGCAAAGGAAAAGGGCGCUGCGGACCUUCAAAAUCUCGCAGGAUCGACAAAAUCGAGAAAAUUCAGUGUACCUGAUCUACAUCUAAACACAAAACAAAUCGUAUUAUCUUUAAAGACUGACACCGGAGCAGAAAUCAUUAUUAGUUUAGCAUCAUUAAAUGGGAAUCUGUCAACACUUGUGAGACCAGAUAGGAUCUAUUCAAACUUAUCCAUAGAUUCUUUUAUUAUAUCUGCUAUCCUAAACGGAAAUAUCAAAGUGUUAUUAAAUCCAUGGUGUUGCAACAUAACAACUUGCUUAGUUUGGGAAUCUUCAUACAACAGCGAAGUCAUUCCGCAGAUACAGAUACAGGCAGACAGUGAAAGUCUAUAUCUUGAUUUUGGACCUGAUCAGAUAAAAAUUAUAAAAAUGGUCAUGCAAGAUUGCCAGUUGCUCUUAAGCGAAUUUGCCUCGUUCUCUACAAACGAGAGUAAAAAUGAGAAGCAAAUUGUAUUAUCGACUGAACAACAUUACAAGGAUGAUUUAAAAGCUGGUGCAUUCCAAUUUGUCGAUGGCACUGCGGACGAAUUACCUUUUCCAUACCAAGUAGUAUUCUUUGCUUAUCCUCAACAAGCGAUGGCUUGGAGAUAUCCGCAACCACGCACAUUAACGAGAAUACAUAUAUCUCCUGUUCCAUUUGAAACAAUGGACGCCGAUGGCAAUUAUAUCGACAGAAUUUCUUGCAUCCUCGAAUAUUGGAGCGACAGUCACAUGUCGUAUCAACGUUACGCAGAUUUUUACUUAUCGGAAACGGAUUCUUAUCGAUUGGAUUUACCAGAAAGGGCACCGGCACGUGCGGUGGCCUGCGUGUGGCGCGUGGUCAUUUCGUCCAGCAACAAGCGGUCACUCUCGAAAAGCAUCGUUUCCGCGCGUGCUCUCGCGGCCUGCUUGCGCAUCGAUUCCUACUUUAAUCCUCUGUUAAUACCAAACGUGCAGAUCGCCUUAAAUAUCGGCGUGCUUCACAUGUCUCUGUACAAUCAUAUCGAUACUACUGUGUACAAUAAUCUGCCGCCACCGCUGGAUAGGUACACGUUGAACGGAAGGAUCCCCGAGAUACAAUGUUUUAUGUCUGUGGAAAAAAAGGGGGCUAUUCUAGUGCUUAACAAAUGGGUAGACGACUCCACACUGCUCGAUAUCGGCGGUACUUUGAGCGUGCACGUGUUAGAUUACAGUCAUUUGACCAUGCAGGAGGUGCUGGAUUCCCUGGAAGGAAGAUUACAGUUGUCGUUAUCGGACAAGAUAGACGUGUCGUUAACGAGCAACCCGUUUACAUUGAAAUUGGGUCCGGCGAUCACUCACACUCUUGCGGUCUCCACCCGUCUAUGGCUGGCGUCUUUCGAUGAGGAGGAGAAAAGUGUGAUUGUCCUGACGCGUUAUGUAAUUGCGAACGAUAGCAAUGUAGCUAUCCGUUUCGGUCAAAGUGGCACUGGCGACAGUAUACUUCUCGAGAGCAGGCAGUGUAACUUCUACUCGUGGCGACAGAUUGGCAAUCAAAUGAUACGGAUAUCAAUCGAAGAGAACGCCUGGGUGUGGAGCCGGUCCUUUCCGGUCAACAAGGAUGGAAUUCACGUGAUAGAAUUCAAUAAUUCGAUGACCGGCGGCACGGUGAUUUUCGUGAAUGUAACGUCGCUUUCCGCUACGCAGAAACUCGUAACGUUCUCGGGGCAGCUUGUAAUUUCCAAUCAAUUGAAGGAUAAUUUUGAGAUGAAAUUGGUAAAGUACGAAGCAGAUGUCGGCUCUAAGGUAACAGUCUCGAAGGAGGUGUAUCCCGUACCGGGUAAGAGCUUUCCGUCAUCUAUUAUGCUUGAAAAUGACAGAAAAAUGGCUAUGCGGCUACGUUUUACCAAUUUGACGCACUUAUCCUGGACCGGCGACAUUCCUCUUCAACCAAAUGUCAAAUGGGGCCAGCCCUGGCUUGUAAAAGUACCGCUCCAAGAACGCGGUCAAUUUUUUAGUAUCUGGGUACGGAUUGUAACGCAGACGAUACAGGACAAGGUGAAGAUCCUCGCGGUAUUGAGUCCGCUUUACAUGAUCAGAUCGCAUUUACCAGUGCCGGUUAGAGUCCAGAUGGAAACUCCGUCCUUGAAGAUGUCGUCGAGCACAGUAGUGAACGGUCGCGGCGAGUGUCAGCAACUAUACUGUCCCGGUACAUUCGAGCACUUUCAUCAACUGACGUUUCAACUGGAGUCCGGUGUCUCCGCGUCGAAUCCUUAUGUACCGCUUUCGUAUAGUUCGGUGGAUCAGAGAAAGUUCUUCAGAAGAUCCGACGUCGAGGACAUCGACAAAAUUCUGCGAGAUCUCAAAGACCGAAAGGACGAUGCGAAAUGGCCUUUUCAAGGGGACGACACGGGGGAGGAAUGGAUAUCUGCGGAGCAGCCGCAGACACACGUACAGGUGAAGUAUCAAGACGCAGGACUGGUCUCUAGUACUUUGUUGUUGGAACUGCAGCCUUGGUGCUUCGUAAUGAAUUCGCUAGGCUGCCAUAUCUCGCUGGUAUCGGAGGAUACAGAGUUGUGCCAGAUCCCUCACUACGGCAUAGUCACGCCGCCCAAGUUGGAAGGCACCUUUCAUGUGGGCGUCGGAAUCGGCGAUACUUAUUACACGUCGCAAACGUUGCAGCUGGCACGACCCGAUUGGAGCCAGAGCUUCUACAUGCCGCGAAUUAAUGGCAUCAUACCGGUGGACGGAAACAUCAAGACGUCCGUGGACUGUGGCACCAGCAUAUCUAUCUUAAGCAUCGGUUCCUCUAUGCACGAAGACAUGCGUCUGGUGCGAAUCACGAGUAGCCACGUGAUCGCCAAUUUGACAUCUCAGGAAUUGUGCGUGGCCACGCUCGCGGUGCACGAGGAAGCGAGAAACCUGCAGCUGCCGCACGAUCUCACCCCUUGCAGCCUGAACGUCUCGCCGUCCGAGGAUCAAAGGCAGGGUACACCAAUCGUACAAUGGUACACGCUGUAUACGGAAAGCAAUGUCGAGCCGCUUGUAUUGUAUGUAUCUUUCAGCCUCGGUCAUAGAUGGUCCUGUCCGAUCAGAGUAGACCAAGCGAUGAGCCGCAAAUCCGUCGCAAUUCCAAACGGUUCUUCGACCAUGCCGGUUAUCGUGACAACGCAAGAAGAUAAAGGUACCACGUUCGUCGUGAUACACAGUGAUGAUCAUCCGCAAUUGUUAAUCGAGAAUGCUUGCGGCUUUAAGAUCCUGCUGGGACAAGCCGAUGAAAGAGGAAACGAGAUAUUACCGGAUAGCGUCCAUUUUACGUGGAUGUGCGAAGUUGAUAGCGGAGCAACAUUUCACUAUUCCCUUCCUUGCGUCAGUAAUAGGCUACCCGAUACUGUCGUUCCAAGCGCGUCGAACGUGCUAUUAUUUUCCACUGUGCAAAACGAUCAGGUGACAGAAAAGACAAGUCUAAAAUGGUCGAGAGGCGUGAAUCUAUCCGCAUUGUCGUCUACGCCGAUGGACCAGUAUCUGCGAUUGCCUUCGUACGGCGACGUAAAGCUUAUAAUGCAGAACUGCUGUUACACCACUCAUAUCAGCAUCGUGCCUAUCUCCCAGAUUGAAAUAUCCGCUCAAGACAUUAGAAGUAGAUUACUGCGGAAGAAGAAUACGGCAAAGGAUCACGAUACAAUCGCGCCGAUUCCAUUGAAAAGAUCAGAAGAGGAUAAACUAUUGCAGUAUGUACAGAGUUCAAGUAGCUCAACAUCGUUAACAAGCUUUUUCUCGGCCCAAGAAGACACCUUGCCGAUGGAAUCGAUGGUUGUCACGUCAUCGUUGUCGAAGCAAUUGAUUCCGAAAACGACAGACAAAAUUCCCACUGAUGAAAAUCAAUCGAGAUCUUCCAGCGAUGCCACUUCGACGAAUUCUAAAGAAGGCUCUGUAACAGUUUAUCUGCGUGCGUGUACUAUCGCCAUUCUUCACGACAUCAAUGAAAAUACGCAAAGAAUCGAAGUCGCGAGUCUAUCUAUGACGGAUUUGGUUGUCACCGUAAAUUCUAAGGCCAGAUUUAUCAAUCUACAUUGCUACAUAGGCGACUUGCAGUUGGAUAAUCAAUUAUUUGAUCAGGGAGGUUUCGACUUUCCUGUAGUAUUGAUAAAUCAGAAUCCAUUGCCCAACAGGGAGAUGGCGUUUUACAGCAAUAAUUGUUUAAUGACGAAUAUGGAGAAAAUCAAACAUGAUUCUUUAAUAGCUGUCGAGUACGUCUGGGAAGUAAACGGAAAUAUGAUAGCAUCGAAGGAAUAUCGCAUGAGAAUCGCGCCCAUUAGCGCAUAUAUCGAGGACACAUACAUAACGCAAUUAUUAGAUUACGCAACUUCGAUGAUACCACCACGUUUGGUAUUGAACGACAGUCCUAAGCGGAUUCAAACAAUAGCUAUUUCGAAUGCAGUAUACAUACCGGACUACAUCAUGAUCGACUCGAAAAUCUUGAGUAAGCCAUUGAGAUUGCAAAACUUUGUGAUAGAACCGUUAUCCAUUUUAUUGAGCGUUCACACCUCUGUACGAUUGUACGUCGCUCUGGAUCAUUCCCCAUUGUACUUCGGUAUCUUCGAGAGGAAGAAUCUACUGACCACACCUUACAGGCUUGGCAAUGCGCUUACCAUGCAUUACUUGUCCGGCGCUAUAUUUGGAGCAGGUUGGGUGGUCGGAUCGUUAGAAAUACUCGGAUCACCAGGAGGUUUGGCACAAGCACUCGGAUCCGGUCUCAGAGACUUCGUUUCACUACCGUUUCAAGGAUUGUUACAAGGCCCGUGGGGUUUCAUCGUUGGAAUUACGCACGGAUCAGCCAGUCUGAUGAAACACGUUACAGCGGGUACUGUGAAUUCCGUAACAAAACUAGCGUCUAGCGUCGCGCGAAACUUGGAUCGUUUAACGUUGGACGAGGAACAUCUUCAGCGACAAGAAGAAUCGCGCAGAAUGCGUCCUCAAGGCAUGGCGCAAGGACUUUACCAGGGUUUAACUGGUCUCGGAAUGAGUCUACUCGCGGCUGUGGCUGGCUUGGCGCAUCAUCCUCUGCAGCAAAUGUGGUCAGGCGAGGCGACGACCAAGAGUUUAGUCACCGGAGUCGGACUCGGUCUAGUCGGCGUCGUGACUAAGCCACUGAGUGGUGCCGCGGAAUUGGUCGCUCUCACGGGUCAAGGAUUAUUACAGGGAGCUGGAUGGAAUUCCUUGCCUACGCCACGUCAGAGACCAAUCGUGCAAUAUACUACUGGCAAUAAUAGCACGUCUGUGCGAUACACCUGGCGUUUGUCACCCUUACUCGAUCACAGUCACGACAAUAUCCUUCAUGUGACUAGCGCAGAUUACGUCAUUCACCAGGGCAGUAAUCGCGCGGUGACACUCGUUCUUACACGACAAGCUCUAUUACUUGUUAACAUGGCAGAGGACAGCGUAGAACGAAUAUUCUCAUUAAGAGAAUUGACGAGCGUUGAUCAUAUCGCGGAAUCAACCAUGUUGUGCUUGUACUGUCCACCGGCUGCAACACAAUCGAGCAGACCUUUAUCGCCAGUCGAACACGAGAUGAAUCAAGAAAUGAGAGCGCGAGUUGAAGAGUACGUGCGGACAAGCAGCACUGGCUUGGCCAGCGUAUCAACCAAUAGCGACAGACAGUCCGAUACCUUUGAGAAAAUGUCUCCACAUCCAGAACAUACACUUACGUUUUAUGUUUGUCCAGAUACCCGUAAUUAUUUACUAUCGUUGUUCAACAUUGCCAAGCGACAAAAUCAGGGUUCUGGUUUCGCUGUAUUAUAAUGAAAUGAAUUUCCAAACAUUUACUAUUAAUCACAAUGCCUGAGAAAAAAUAUUCCAAAUAAUUCUGUAUGCCGCGCGCGCGCGCGAAUCAAAUGCAUUCAAAAUAUUUUCUUUGGGUAUUGAAACCUAUAUCAGUAUAUAUUUUUGAGAAAAUUUUAUGUGUUUCGAGAAAUUGUAAAGUAAAAAC